AAAUAAUGACAAUAAAAAAUAAAAAAGCCCAAGUCAACUGUGUUUGGUUUCGUUUACUUUUGUGAAUUAAGCCAUUAAUUUUUAUCUAAACAAUUAGCUUUACAUUUAAAAAUAACCAACAUGUCUUCAGUUUGUUGUGGAACCAAAAAGCAGAAGCUGAAUAACUCGUACAGUAAUAGUAUAGAACGACCUUUGAAUGGUUACCAAGAGUCUGUAGCUAUUCCUGAUAUGUGUUACUUUUGUUUCGAUGUUUUGUAUUGUCAGCUGCAUAGCAUGGACCCUCCACAAACACCAAACUUUACCAAUGAAGCUUAUCCUUUGUUUGUAACAUGGAAGAUCGGCAAGGAACACCGUCUCAGAGGGUGUAUUGGCACCUUCAAUGCCAUGCAUUUGCAUUCAGGCCUUCGUGAGUACGCUAUAACCAGCGCGCUUAAGGACUCGCGGUUCAUGCCGAUCACCCGCGAGGAGGUGCCGCGGCUGACGGUCUCGGUCUCCAUUCUGCAGCACUUCGAGGAGGCCGAGCAUUACCUGGAUUGGAAGCUGGGCAAGCAUGGAAUCCGCAUCGAGUUCCUCAGCGAGCGCGGGUCGAAGCGGACCGCGACGUACUUACCUCAAGUUGCCACUGAGCAAGGAUGGGACCAAAUCCAAACGAUCGACUCGCUCCUGCGGAAGGGUGGGUACAAGGCGGCGAUCACGGCCGACAUGCGGCGCAGCAUCAAGCUGACUCGCUACCAGUCGGAGGAGGUGUCGGCGACGUACCACGAGUACGCUUCACAGCGCUGCUAGCGGCCCGCGCCGCCGCCGCUUGGCCGGCCCCGCCUAGCCUCUAAGCGACCCGCCGGCGAGCCCGCGCCGGCCGGUGUACAUAACGGGAGCGUAGCAAGUACAAUCGACGGUCAAAAUUUUGCUCAAAGUGAUGAGACCUCGCGCUCGAUCUUCGUCGACGUAGACCACCACUGCCAACUACAUUCCUUAGAGGAUACCGAGGUGCCAUCGUUUAUACAAUGAAUACUGUGCUUAUGAUUAAAUACGUACGAUCGAUCCGCGAUUAUUGUGUGACUGUCUCAAACUGAUGUUCAAUUAUGAAGAUUUUCGCGACGGUUUAGCGCUUGGAUCAGAGUUUUGACCGGGACAUCUUAACACUUUUUUUAAGUUUAAAUAAUUGUAGUUGUUCUUGUCAGGUGAAGGAUGUGUAUAUUGACAUUAUGAUAUGGAUGUAAAUACCCUUCGGUAUUGCCCCACACGAUCGAUAUGUUAUUAUUAACAUAAAAGGCGAUAACGCGACUGAAGCUUCAAGAAUAAAAUGCUUGUCUGAACAACGCAACAAUAUUUAAAAAUAAAUAUUGUGGUUUCGUUACGUAGCCGAUUAGACUUCAAGAGGCUUCAUCAUCUCGAAAAUCAUUGCAAUAAAUAAUAUCAAGAAUUGGGAACGCACCAGUUAGUAUAGGUACUUACAAGAAUAAAUAGGGUAGUGUACUCGAGGUAAGUGUUCCCAUUCUUAUUUAAUUAAGGAAUACAUUAUAACAGCAGAGUUUAAUUCACUUGAGUUAUAAAAUGAAAAUUCUAAAAAAAAUAAAAUAAUGGUUGAAACAAUACAAAAAAAGGUACUUUAAGAAUAUUUGUUAUCUUAAAAGAUAAGUGUGGUCCGUAUUAGUUAUUACUUUUAAUUAUAAUUAUGGUUGUUGUUAAUAAGGCUGUUGGUUGACUUUGCGAAAUUUCUUUAAAAUUGAAGAUACAGCACCAGGUUUAAUCGACUUUGAUCUGUUUUAUAUCAAUUUACUUUAGGGAGUAUUAUAAUUAUGGGCCUUUAAUUGUACAGAUCCAUUGGGUGUAGAUUUAGCUUCAAUAAUCGGGGAUUUCCCUACUAAUCUUACUGCAUCACAAAGUAAACUUAUAGUGGGCUGUAAGUAAAUGAAAGAGUUUCAAGCACAUAUCUUACUUUCAGAAACAUAAAUAAUUCGAUCCAAAUUAUUAAGUUUCGAAACAUACCCUUUUUGCUACAUUCUCACUAUUAGUUACGUGUGUGAUAGCAGCGUUUUCGAAGCAAGACUUAAUUCUAAUGCUAGUUUUAGCCAGCUAGAUUACGAAGAACAUUAAUUUAGAAAGUGUUUCAAACUGACGCUUCGUUGGUAUGCGAAACGGCACUAAGUUGUUGAUGUAGUGACUUGAGAAUAAUCAUAUACCUAUUUGCCACUGCGACAUAUACAGGCAAAGAGGUCUAUCCCUCAGCUCAAACUUGAUGCGUCAUUAAGAUUUUUUGGAUUUUAUGACAAGGCAAUAGGAUUCAAAAUAACGUAGUAAGGUAUAUCUGUACUAUAUCGCCCACUACCUGUUAUUCGGAGUCGGAGGACGUUAUUUUGAUUCUUAUUGCCUUGUUUUAAGAUGCAAAAAUGAUGAAUAACUUCCUGAAAAAUUCUAGAUGGACUCUUAUGUGUUUUUGGAAAAUUGGAUUCAUGUCGUGUCUUAUUUAAACAUACAGGAUUAAUAUGAAAAUGUAAAUAUUCUCAAGUCUAGCAUAGGGCACGUUUAUCUUCCAUCGCUAGGCACUUGAGUGGUUGUACUUUACAAUGUUCCUUAGGAUAAGAAUCUGUUUUAUUGUUGCCGGUUUCUCUUACAAGUGCAAUUGUCUAUUUAGACUUGAACCGAGCCUAGUUUUGAGGCGACUCGAAACUUCCAUAGUCGACAUAAAAUUAAUGAUGUAUAGUUUAAUAAUUAAUAUAGUGUAACAAGCUGAUCAUUAGAUAUUAUAAGGUGCAAAAGGUAGUCGAAAAUCACGGGCCUUCGAAGGGACAUGGACCCAAUUGUAUGAAACCUCAUGUUUGAUGUCUGAAGAACUAUUUUUGUAUGGAAAAAUUGGUCUUUUAAUGCUAUUUGCGAUUAUGUUUCGUAUAAGAGCAAAUGUUCCCUACCAAAAAUGUGACUUUCAACUGCAUAUAAGUUGGGACAAGCAUGGGAGCAAUUUCGAGAUGUUCAUAAUUUCUUUUACUUUAAUUUAAAACAAGCAUAAGUCAGUCAAAAACAGUUUACUUCAGAUUUUGAAUUUUAUUUGUAUUACAGAGUUUAGGGUUAGAGUUCUAAUGACAAUACCACCAUUGAACUAUCCCGGAGUUGCCCCCAUUGGCUUUUGAUCGAAUUAUCUCAAGGUGCAAGUUAAGAGCAGUUUUGCAUGUGUUCAAAAUAGAAAGUGUACUUUUCUGGUAACAGUUGUAUGCAUAGUUUGUUGUCCGUUUUUGUAAUUCGUUAUUAUAAUUAACUAACAUAGAUUACUUGAAAAGAUA